AUGGCCCACUCAAAACGCAACACCUCGCUCCCACACUUCACCUCCUAUGAGCGCUCCCUUCUCCGCAACAGCUGGGGCACCCAGCGCGGCACUAUUGGCCGCGACUCCUUUCUUCCUUUCGGCUCGUGCCGCCUCUGCCUGCACCCGUCGCGCGCACCCAGCGUCGCAUGCGCCCGCAACGGCGAUCUAUUCUGCCGCGAAUGCGCGAUAAAUGACCUGCUAUCGCAGCGGAAGGAGAUUAGUCGGUUAGAGAAGGAGAAGGAGGAGGCGAGGCGGAGGAUAGAGGAGGAUAAUGGGCGGGAGGCGGAGGAGGCGAGGGGGAGGGAGGUGAAGGAGUUUGAGAUGGUUAGUAUGGGGUUUGAUGAUGGGGGGAAUAAUAAGAAAAAGAGGAAAAUUGAGGAAGGGGAAGGGGAGGGGAAGGAGGGUUCGGAUAGGGUUAAGAAGAAGGAGAAGUCGGAAUCGAAUAAAUCGGCUCUUCCGUCAUUCUGGGUGCCGUCGUUAACGCCAGGGAUGGAUCCGAAUGAGGUCACUUUGAAUAAGGCUGUCAAGCUGAACCCGAUAUGUCCUGGGUCUACGGAGACGGAUAAACAUAGCUACUCGCUUAAAUCGCUGGUCGAUGUGCAUUUCACAGAGGAAGCGGGGUCUGACGGCGCCAUGCUGCGGGUGUGUCCGAGCUGUAAAAAGACCUUGACCAAUUCGGUUAAGGUGAUGCUCACAAAACCCUGUGGUCACGUUAUAUGCAAGCUUUGCGUGGAUAAGUUUAUGACGCCGCAUGAUGCGCCAGAUCCGCACGCAUCGAAGGAAGAACAGGAGCAGACGGCCGAGCUGCACGGUCGAGUGCUUUGCUACGUGUGUGAGACGGAUCUUACGCCCCGUGACCCAGCACGGGAUGACAAGGCUGGCGAGAAGAAGAAGAAGAAAAAGAAAGAGAAGGAGGGGAUUCAGCCCGGUUUGGUGGAGAUUUCGUCCGAGGGGACGGGAUUCGCAGGCCGAGGAGGGAAUGUAGGGACGAAGACUGGUGUUGCGUUUCAAUGCUAG